CUAGCUAAGGAAAUGGAGUCGGGGCGCACACGGAAAAACAGGGAGGACAAUGACAAUUUACUGUUCCUCACACCCAUGGUCAAUAGCUGCAAGUUGCGCCCUAAGACGGUCAAAUCACUGCAGAGAAGCCAACGAAUGUUCACCUCACAUUAUUCCUUACACGACUCAUGUUUCAAUUUUACAAGAAAUCCUCUUCAAACAGAUGCACCAGCUCCUCAUCAAGCGUCAUUUCCAAGUGGCGCCCCCUGCAGUUUACCCACAGUUCCUAUUAUAACAAAUGGGUCCCGAAACAAAUAUCUCAGGCCAAUACACAGUGCAGGGGACAGAUACUACCGAAGCAACCAACUUCCCAAGUCAGCAGAUGGACAUUUCAGUGCCACCUCUGGUUUCCCCAUUAUUCACUUCCAUUGGGACGAUGCACCGUCCACUUUUCAACGAAUUGAUUUGGACAGGCGCUGUCUGGAUGAGUGUCCCCAAUUGGGUGCCAUGGAUGACCUGCAAGUGCUCAACCUGCAGCACAACCUGAUCACUGGCAUCAGUCAGUUGUCACUCCUGAGGCAGCUCGUCGUCCUCAACUUGUACGACAACGACAUCGUUGACAUGAGUGGCAUCCAAGCGCUGGCCUCCCUGAGAAUCCUCAUUUUAGCCAAUAACAAGAUCCGUAAAAUAUCCUGCUUAGACAACCUUUGCAAGCUCAACAUCCUGGAUUUGCAUCACAAUCAGAUCUCCAAGAUGGAGAACUUGAGUCAUUUGAAGGAGCUGCAAGUGUUGAACCUGGCUGGGAACAGCAUCUCCCGCGUUGAGAAUCUUGACGGUUUGGACUGUUUGACCGAGCUCAACCUGAGACACAACUGCAUCUCAGUAGUGACCGAGGUGGACCGUCUCCCCCGCUUACGGCGCCUCUUUCUCAGCUGCAAUAACAUCAGCAGUCUCCACCAGCUAGGCUGCUCUGGGGAGUCACUCUCGCUUUCCGAGCUCACCCUGGAUGGGAACCCAGUAGCCCUGGAGACAUGGUACAAGCAGGCUGUCCUGCGCUGUGUGCUUCACCUCAGACAGCUGGACAUGAAGCGCAUCACGGACGAGGAUCGGCGCAUGGCUGGUGUGCAGUCUCGGAAAGAGGAGGAGAAGAAGAAGGAGAGUCACAAGCAGACCAUUCAUAAGGAGAAGCGGCGUCUCGCCAUCCGAAAUGCGGCGCAGCAAUGGGAAGGCGUGGUCGCGGCCCGCCCAGAGCUUCCGCCGUCAACCACGACCAACGGCGCCAGAGAAGAAGUCAGCCCGGAGAACAGCCCUGCUCACUGCCCCACGCAGACCAACGGCCUGGCUCAAGAGCCUUCACCGGACGAGCCAAGACGGGUCAGUCCGGGUUUUGGACCAGAACGCGUUAUGGGUGGACCUGAGAUUCGAUUACGCACCAACAGCCGUCCAAACAGCCCUCGAGAUCCAAAGCUGACAGAAGCAGGAAGCGUGACGAGCCUAUCGCUGUCCGACAGUCAUUUAGCCGAGCUGGACGGCGACACCCUGCGCUUGUUCGGCCAUGGCGCCCUCGAGGCACUGGAGAGAGGCUGGGGGGCGCAGACAGCCGCCGCCGUCACCGUCAUCGCCUUCCGCUACAUCCACUUUGACGCAAUCGUACCCACGCUGCCGAGGAUCAGGGUCAAAUUCCCCAAUCUGGCGCAUCUCAUUUUCCUGGAAGCCAACAUCAGCCGCCUGCCGCAGUUGGCCGCUCUGGCUCAAGUUCGGCGGUUAGACCAGCUCACCAUUCACUCGCAGGGCAAUCCGGUGGUCGGGCUUGCCCUCUGGCGCCCCUUCGUCAUCUACCGACUGCACCACUUCAACCUGCAGAAGAUCAACGGCCAGGAGGUGACCAUGAAUGACGUCAUCGCCGCCGAGCGCGUCUUCGGGACGCUGGGCCACGUGGCGGCCACUGAGACGCCGCGCUGCCGUCUCCUUUUGUUGCUGGAGGAGUCCAGGAAGCGUCAGCUGCAGUUCCUGCUAGAGGGGCGUGGCCGGCGGGCGGGGCUCAGCCCGGAGGAGCUGCGGGACAACGGGAAGCUGGUGGGCGAAGGCCUAAGCCGAGCGCUCUUCAACUACCCCAGCCGGGACGGCAGCACGGAGAGUCCGGAGGAGGGCGCUUCGGAGGCAUCGGAGCGCGCCGCCACCGUUGACCUUUACGUCAAGGAUCUGGUACGCCGGGCGUCCGAGACCAACGUAAAGGGCGAAGCCUUGCACCACCUGUGGCCCGCAUUGUUCGCCGAAAUGGUGCGCGACUGCGUUAUAGAGAUGAGAGACCUAGCGGCCUUCCGCCAAGCCAGCCUUGCCAAGCUGUCCAAAUGA